AUGUUCACUGAACCGUCGCAGUGGCAGCAUGUCUCUACCGUAGAGAAUCCAGCCGAUUUAUGCACAAGAGGGGCCUCGACUUCAGAGUUAGCCGAAUGUUCCUUGUGGUGGAAUGGCCCUGAUUGGCUUACGAAUGAUUUCAGUGAGUGGUCAAAGAUAAAAGUCUCGGAUAGACCUAGUAAAAUGCCAGAGAUAAUAACUUCGAAGAGGAAAGAGGACACGAAUGCCUGUGCAACCCUCAUGACGUGUAACCUUCAGAAAGAAAGUACACCGAAACAGAACAACACACUAGCAGUAUGGAGACUUGAUCCGAAACGGUAUUCCAGUUGGACGCGCUUGAUUCGAGUACACGCGAGAGUGAGAAGAGUACUACACAACAUGCGCAUCAGAGACAACAGGAAUGCAAGGAAACCGAUACCAAAGAAAAGCCAGUUGAUAACGCUUAACCCCUGUAUCGACGACGAUGGAGUUAUCCGGAGUGAUGGUCGAUUAAAGUUCGCAGACUUUCUCCCAUAUGAUACUAGAUUUCCAAUCAUUCUGCCUCGUGGACACUGGGUGACGAAACUUAUCGUGAAGCACUAUCACGAGAGAGGAAACCAUGCCGCUGGAGUAAACUUCAUUCUUUGCCAGUUGAGUGAGAGAUUUUGGAUCAUCGCCGCACGCGAGGAGAUUCGCGAGUGGGAUCACGAAUGUAAUGAAUGUAAGAGAAGACGAAGCAAGCCAGCUUGUCAGAUUAUGGCGCCGCUCCCGAAAACCAGGCUCCGUUUCAGCUUCAGACCCUUCGCCCAAACAGCUGUAGAUUUUGCUGGCCCCUUGUACACUGUUCAAGGACACAGAAAACCACGACAGAAGAGGUGGCUGUGCCUUUUUACUUGCUUGGAAACUCGAGCAGUUCAUUUAGAGAUGGCCUGGGGACUUGAUACCGACACGUUCUUAAACGCCUUCGCCUGUUUCACCAGUCACCGCGGGGUUCCUAAGGAAGUGAUAAGCGACAGAGGCACAAAUUUCGUGGGUGCAAUGGGCGAGUUAAAGAAACUAGCCAGCCAGUUAGACCGACGACACCUUUAG